AUGAACAAGAUUGAACUUACACAUGUCACUUCAAGAGAAGUCUCUUCUCAUGAUCCUUCAACCAGUAUAUCACAUCGUAUCGAUGCAAGACAUGUCACAGAUCCCGAUGAGCUGCUAGCUGAGAUUGGUUAUAAGCCUGAAUUGAAAAGAACUUUUGGUACUUUGGAAGUGUUUGGUAUUGCAUUCUCUAUUAUGGGUUUACUUCCAAGUAUUGCAACUGUGAUGAGCAUGGGUUUAACAGGUGGGCCUGUCACUCUACUUUGGGGUUGGUUCAUUGCUGGUUUUUUAAUCUUAACAAUGGGUAUUGCAAUGUCAGAAAUGGCUUCUUCAAUUCCAACUUCUGGUGGUCUUUAUUAUUGGACUCAUUAUUUCGCCCCACCAAGUUUGAAAAAUACGUUAUCAUUCAUCAUUGGUACUUCAAACUCUUUAUCUUUAACUGGUGGUGUUUGUUCAAUUACUUAUGGUUUUGCUCAACAAGUAUUAGCUGCUGCCUAUUUAGGUAGUAAUGGUUCUUUUAAAAUUACAAAUGCAAUGACUUUUGGUGUCUUUGCAGCUGGUAUCAUUGCAGAAUUUUUGAUAACUUGUUUUGCUUCUGGUGCUAUUUCAAGACUUCAAACAACUUCAAUUGUGGCAAAUGUUAUCUUAAUUGUGAUUUUUUUCAUUGCCUUACCUAUUGGUACUGCUAAAAAUGCAAGUUUUAAUGAUGCUUCAUUUAUCUUUGGUAAAUUUGAAAAUUCAAGUACUUGGCCAUCAGGUUGGGCUUUUAUUCAAUUUGGGUUUGGUGGUUGUGCUUGGGUCAUUAGUGGGUUUGAUAGUUGUAUCCAUAUGGCUGAAGAAGCUAAAAAUCCUUCAAAAUCAAUUCCUUAUGGUAUCAUUGGCUCUAUUACUGUUUGUUGGAUCACUGGGUUCUUCAUCAUGAUUGUCAUUGGUGCUUGUAUUACUCCAGAUAUUGCUUCAAUCUUACAAUCAAGUACUGGUCAACCUUUAGCUCAAAUCUUUUAUGACUCUUUAGGUCAGAAAUGGGCUGUUGCGUUCAUUUCAUUAUCUGCCAUUUGUCAAUUCUUUAUGGCUGCAAGUUGUAUGACUGCUUCUUCAAGACAAAUUUGGGCUUUUGCUAGAGAUGAUGGUUUACCUUUUUCAUCAUUCAUCAAAGUUGUUAACAAAAAGUUUGCUGUUCCAAUUAGAGCAGUUGUUGCUAGUGCAAUUGCAGCUGCCACUAUGGGAUUGUUAAUUUUGGCUGGUCCAAUUGCUGCAAAUGCCCUAUUUUCAAUCAGUAUCAUUGGUAAUUAUGUUAGUUGGUCUACUCCUCAAGUCUUGCGUUUAUUUUUUUCAAAAAAUCUAUUCAAACCUGGUCCAUUUUAUUUAGGUAAAGUUUUUUCACCAAUUGUUGUUUCUGUAUCAAUUCUUGCACAAUAUUUGAUUCUUGUGUUUUCAUUUUUUCCAACUACAAGUCAUGUUAGUGAUGCAAAAACUAUGAACUAUGCCAUUGUUGUUAAUGUUGGAGCUUGGUCAUUAGCUUUGAUUUAUUACUUUUCAUUGAAAAGAAACAUCUAUAUUGGUCCUAAAUCUAAUUUACCUGAUGAAGAAUUCAUUGAAGGAAUUGAUUAUGAUGUUCAUGGAGGGAAGGAUUCAGGGGAUCAAAUUUCAUAUGGUAAGGGAAAUGGUAAUUGA